GAUAAUUUGAAAGUCAAACGCGGACGCUCGGCAGCGGACGAGCGGAGGACGCCCCGCACACGGCCCGCUUCGGUCCAAGGUAAAAAGGCGAUUUCAGCCCGCAUCUGCUGGCCGGCUGCUCGCGCAGGCACUCACGCAGACAUGCAGUCACGCAAGCAGGCAGGGCCGUUUUGUGGUCCACGUCACAUGGGAUCUUUGGCUUUAUUCUCGGAGGGGCUUGAUAGGGAGCACUGAGGCUUCUCGUAAGAGUAGCGCAUUAGCUGUGAUUACAGUUGGAAUUGAACGCAGCACAGCUCGCGUGCGUGCGGGCGGCUGCGGCUGCGUGUAGCGACGCACAACCGAGCACAAUUCAGCAAAUGGUUUGGAAAGGAGCCUUUCUGCGCUGCCACGUGUCGUGUGAUGAGAUACACGCAGCAUCAGCAAAUUUCUGCUCUCAAAUGUCUACAGGCUUGCAAAACGACAAAAGUUCCCUUCGAACUAUUGCUGCAGUUCUCACAUAUCACUGCGCGGGCACAUUUUGGAGCACACACGCACGUAACUAUCACCUUUAAAAGCCGCAGUCUGCACAUUAAUGACAUACUUGUUAUUUGCAAUUAUAGGAAGGGAUUUCUUUCCUUAUUUUGAUUCCGUGCAUUUUUCCAGGCCAGAUAACAUUUACGUAAUAAACACGCACGCACGCACACAAUUGCGCACGCGCACGCGCACACACACAGGCACAAAAGCACAAACUUAAAACACGAUGAGCAUAAUUUAAUCACACAUGCCAGAACGUUGUUGUGUAUUUGUUUCUAAACAUUGACUUGACCAAAGUCGCCUUUUUUGAGUUCAAAACCAAGUUCAAGCAACCGUGAACUUGGCUUGAUCAUGCAUGCGCGCCGCUUUAGCGGUUGCAUUUUUUUUUUUGUCUCAUCCACGUGAAUUAAUGCAAAAAAUUUGCCUCAGCUUUAUUUCUUGAAAUACUUUUUGCUGUUGUUUCAUGAACAAUUUGUUGUUGCUGAAUUAAUACUGAAAGCUAUGGAUUUUUGUGCUCAAAGUGGACUUUGGGCCCUGUUGUAAAAGUUCGUGUGAAUGUCUGUGUGUGCCACGGGCUGUUUAAUGUUAAAUAGUAGCACAGACACAACAUGUUGUUAUCUGUCACUUGUAUUUUGUUUUAUUUGACUCAAGAUGCGGCAAAUGUUUGUGGACGGUCGGGAGAAGUGAGUCCACAAAUCAAGUAAUUAGCCGCAUCGGGAAAAUCUUUGCUGUUUGAAUGAGUGAAGUGUCCCCUGGCUGUUAUCCUGUAAAAAUCAUAUAAAAGAAUUGUGAGAGAGCUAACAAUCCCACCAGAGUUAGUCAGUGCGGCUUUAUUGGACCUAUCUGUUCAACUUGUUCGUGUGAGCCGUACUAUAGAAUAUUACGUGAAAUACACCCUCUUAAAGUUACCUUAUAGAGUGCCCCCUUUCCCGUUUUUUUUUUUUUUUUUUUUUACAGAGGCUUCAACCUGCUGACCUCGUCUUACUGUAAAUAGGGCAAUGAGCAUUAUUCGUUUCUUUAAAACAAGCUUGUAAAAUUGGGACAUCACGACUUUAUGUGACAAGGAGUUCAACCAUAAUUUGCUAUACAAGAUGCCACAUGCAUGCAAGCCCUCAUCGAAGGGAGCAGUUUUCACGAGAUCGAGCAUUUAACAAAAAUAAUAAUAAUAAAAAAUAAAAAAUAAACUUUUGCCAGCUUGUUAAGGUAUUAAACGAGGCGACAGCCAGCUUUUUUAAUGUGUGACAUUUAAUGGCGGACAAAAAAAGGCAGACCUGGCUUGUUUUGCUCUCACGAUUCAAGUCAAGAAACAGACAAGAUUGCUGGAUUUUAUAAAAAGUUUUAUGGUCUUAAAAAAAUAACAUAUAAAGGGUUAUAGAGAGAAGUGGAUGUUUUUGUUUUGUGUGAGCCGGAGCGAGUGGGUGGGACCCCGUGGAGCAGAAGUUGGCCUAGCCACGUGGUCUGAGGCUGACCAAUCAGACAGCCCCCCAGGUUUAACUAUGUUAAAUGUCAGAUUGCAAUAAAGUAGAAGCUGUUGGUCGGGCCCGCGGAAAUGGGCGAGCAUAAUCUCCUUAAUCCAGGGUUUGUGGGACCUUUGGUAAACAUCCACACUGGAGACACCUUUUAUUUCCCCAAUUUUCGAGCCUCGGGGGGACAACUGGCGGGGCUGCCGUCUCUCUCCUACCCGAGGAGGGACAACGUUUGCUCCCUCCCGUGGAAUCCUUCGGAGCCGUGCAAUGGAUACUCCCAGUCCUACUUCAGCAGCCCCGUUUCUAUUAACCCCUCGUUCAACCGCUCGUGCGAGAUCAGCAGAGCGGAGGAGGCCAAGUGUUACUACGGCAACGGGGCCAGGGAGGCGUGCGGCGGCGGCGGUGGCGGUGGCGGUGGCGGCGGCGGCGGAAGCUCGGGCUCCGGUGGCCUCAAGCGAGAGGACAGGGCGAGGGACGCAUCCUCCUCAUCCCUGACAUCCGAGCACGGGAUGCACGCCGGUAUCGGCGCCACCACCGCCUCCGGCGCUUCCGUCUCGGCCGCGGCGGUGGCCGCCUUCGCCAAGUACGAGUACGGUAACGAGCAGCUGACGCAGGAUCCUCCGUCCUGCCAGUCCAUGGAGUCCGACUCCAGCUCGUCCCUGCUGAACGAGAGCAGCAAGCCCCCAUCCAGCGACACGCAGAGCCUUGUGUCCCCGGGAAGCCACGCCAACAACAUCGCCGCGGGCGGAGGUGCCCCGUGGUACCCGAUGCACACGCGGACCAGGAAGAAGCGCAAACCGUAUUCCAAACUUCAACUGGCCGAACUGGAGGGCGAGUUCAUGCUCAACGAGUUCAUCACCAGACAGCGCCGGAGGGAGCUCUCCGACCGGCUCAACCUCAGCGACCAGCAGGUGAAGAUUUGGUUCCAGAACCGCAGGAUGAAGAAGAAGAGACUCAUGCUGAGGGAACAAGCUCUGGCCUACUUUUAGUGCUGACGAUGCGGCUGCAGAAGGUGAAUCCACAAGGCACUCAGAAAAAGAAGGGAAAAAAAUCAAAGCAAAAAAAAAAAAUCGCCAAACCUUCUGUGCUCAGGUGGUCUUCGAGUGCAUGCACGGCCUCUUCUUCACCUUUCCAACGAAGCUUUUUUAUUUGAUUUUAUUUUUUUAUAUAGCUCUGCAGCCUUCUCCUUCCCUUUCCAAGCCGGUGUGUGACAUUCGAUCAAUGCUGUUUAUCGCACAAAUUCGGGGAGCUUCAGACAAGUAGGCUCCCCAAUUCGACGGAAACGAGCCAAAUUUGAACAUCCACAGCAUUUUUCUUGUGCGUGUGUGUGUGUGCGCGCGCCUGUGUGGACGAGAAACGAAAGAGGGCUCAUUUUGCUCACACUUCCAAAUUCGGGAAGACGCUCAAAAGAAGCGCCGGCACUCGAGUGCCUGGUUGCGUCCACACAACCACUCCGCUGAUAACAGCACGCACACGCGCUCGCUCUCGCGCGAUUUGUUUAGGCUAUGCCACGUUUGGGCCACGCAUUGUGGGCACGUUCACGGUCACGGGCAGCAAGCGUGCAAGUGCGCACGAGGAGAGGCACGCUGGAGGAAAAGUCCGACAAAUGUUAGGAGGCAGAUUGUCCAUUAUGUCUGCGCUCGUCUGCUUCGGUUGUACUAUUUCCUUUCGAUUACCUCUUAAGAAAUGCUGGAUUAAAAAAAAAAUCAGUUGACAUAAUGGUUAAAUAAAAAACUCCAUGCCGGCAUUAUUAAUAUAGAUGCGUUUCAGACCUGAUGGUGCCAUUCGAACGGGCUUUUUUUUUUUUUUUUUUUUUGUUCCAGGCCUAAAACAUCGUUUGAGAAUUUCUGGUGCUCAUGAUCUUAAUGCAUAUACUAACACUAUGAAUAAUGACGAUGAAGUGUGUGUGCGCGCUCCAUUAAUUGUCGCGGGACGAUUGCAGUGCGCCAUCUGUCCCGUCGAAGGAGUGAGCGGUGUAUUUGCGGCAUGAUAUUAAUGUGAAUUUACUUCAAGUCCUUAAAUGCGGGCGGCCCACUUUUCAUGUAGGUGACGUUUCUCUUCCACUCUUCUCUCGCUCUCUCGCUCUCUCCCUCUCUUUCAUUUUCGUGUCCAAAGCGAACCUUUGCUCAUGUCUUAUUGUUGACGUUCUUCUUGGAGCGAGGCCUUGCUCGUCCUCCCUCGGCGCCCUCGUCCUCCCUUUCCCCCUCCUCUUCCUUUUCCUCCUCCUCAUUUGCCUCCUCCCGAGGAGCAAACUCGUGUCAAACUUUGUCAGGUGUAAUUGUGUGGAUCGCUGAUCCGCGCACGGUGCGUUCUUGCUAUGUCAUGUCGGUGCUUUGUUUUUUGAUGGUCUUGAACAAUAAUGUCGCAUUCCAUAUCCAGCCUCUUUGUGGUCGCGUAGGACUUGCAAAUGUAGGCCUGUCUCUCUCUCUUUCUCUCUCUCUCUCUUGAUAUACAUAUAUAAAUAUAUACUGCCAAAAAGUUGGAUAUGGACAAAAAGUAUCCCGAAAAUGUUCCGUGUCGUAGUUGUUUGUCCCAAUGAUGAAUUCCUUUGAUUUGGUCCCGCCUUUGCAUUCCUUUCUUUGCGCUUGUAAGGAUUGCUCCAUUGUCUUGUAUAGUCCUAAUGAUAUGAAUGUAUCUGCGUACGGUCUUCAAUAAACACAAUUAUUGCAACGUC